UCCUCUUCAGCAUUGGAGAUGGAGAUCUUCCAGUACAUUGAUGCACAUCAAAGUGAUUUCAUCAAGGAUCUGAAGGAAUGGGUGGCUGUGGAAAGUGAUUCUGUUCAACCACAUCUGAGGAAAGAAGUGAUGCGAAUGAUGGCAUUGGCAGCAGACAGGCUUGCAGCGCUGGGAGCCACUGUUAAUUUAGUCAGCUUGGGGUCACAUCAGCUGCCUGAUGGCCAAGUCCUCCCACUGCCUUCUGUGAUUCUUGGGGAGCUGGGGAAGGAUCCACAAAACCCCACUGUAUGUUUCUACGGUCACGUGGAUGUGCAGCCUGCCAAGAAGGAAGAUGGCUGGAACACUGACCCCUACACACUGACUGAAAUCGAUGGAAACCUCUAUGGGCGUGGUGCAACAGACAAUAAGGGACCUGUCCUAGCUUGGAUAAAUGCAGUGGAAACAUUUAGAGCCUUGAAAUUAGUAGACAACUUGUGGCUCAGCAACAAGAAGCCUGCCCUUACCUAUGGCAGUCGGGGAAAUGCCUGCUUUUUUGUGGAGGUUGAAUGUGGCAGCAAGGACCUUCACUCUGGAACUUUUGGAGGCAUCGUUCACGAGCCGCUGCUGGACCUGAUAGCGCUGCUGGACAGCCUUGUGGAUUCCACAGGUCACAUUCAGAUCCCUGGAAUCUAUGACAGUGUUGCUGCCCUGACAGAGGAGGAAAGGAAAUUAUAUGAAUUGAUUGAAUUUGAUCUAGAGGAACAUAGAAAUAACUGUGGUGUGAAAAAAUUCCUCUAUGACACCAAGGAAGAAAUACUUCUACACCUGUGGCGUUACCCUUCUCUCUCUAUUCAUGGGAUUGAAGGAGCUUUCCAUGAACCAGGCAUUAAAACAGUCAUUCCAGCAAAAGUAAUUGGCAAAUUCUCAAUCCGUCAGGUCCCCCACAUGGACCUUUCAGUUGUGAAAAAGCAGGUGGUGGAACACUUGGAGGGUGUCUUUUCCAAGAGGAACAGUCCAAACAAACUGAAAGUGUCCAUGCCUUUGGGGGCAAAGCCCUGGCUUGCUGAUGUUAAUGAUGUACUAUACAAAGCAGCAAGAAGGGCAAUAAAAACAGUUUUUGGAGAAGAUCCAGAUUUCAUUCGUGAUGGCUCAACAAUUCCUGUUGCCAGAAUGUUUCAGACUGUAACACAGAAAAGUGUGAUGAUGCUUCCGAUAGGAGCGGCCGAUGCUGGGGAGCAUUCCCAGAAUGAGAAAAUAAGCAGACACAACUACAUUGAAGGAACCAAAUUGUUUGCAGCUUUUUUCCUGGAGAUAUCAAAACUACAUCGGAACUUACAUGAAACUUCCCACACAGAGACUAUCAACUGACAGACCAUGU